AUGUUUCAUUGUGAUCAAUUCAUCAUUACUUUUGAAGGAGAAGAUGGACGCGUAAAGCUUCUUGGAUGGAUUUGUCUAGUUUUUGCUACUAGUGUUUUUGCAGCACCUUUGAGUAUUAUUAGAGUUGUUAUUCGGACCAAAAGUGUAGAGUUUCUUCCUUUUAAUAUCAUACUGCCAAACUUUUUUAGGUAGUAAUUAAUGUUUGCAACUAACAUUUUUUGUUUUUUUUAUGGACAGCUUCCGAAGGUUGUGGGGUUAACAUUUGGAAUAGUUCAGAUCACACUGUAUCUUAUAUACAAAAACAGUACGCCCGUGAAAGAUGAUAAGUUUCCUGAACACAAAGGAGAUGUUGUUAUCAUCAAUGAAAUUGAAACCGUGGUUCCGGCUAUAGAUGAUGAGAAGAAAAUUGAAGUGAGUGUUGAUAUAGAGAUUGUGUAUAAGAAGGAAGAGCAGAAAGAUGAACAGCACGAAGAGAAGAAAGAGGAGCAAGUAACUGAGGAGAAGACAGAGGUAAAGAAUGAGAAAGAGAAGAUUGAUGUGAGCAAAAGUGGUUGUGAAGUUUAA